UGUGUUUUUUCUCGCGACCAAUCCUCAAAGUGUUUUAAACCGAUUUUAACAACAAACUUUUGCAUGUAACUGCUUACCGGAUUAGCGAAACAGUGCCGCAAUUAGUCCUGCGCCGAAAUCUAACCGAAGAGUGUCCAAAUGGCCACGGCCUGUGCCUGCAGAUUGGUUCCUUGGAUCCGUUGGCCACCUUGUGAAUGUAGCACUUUCUCGGAUUGAAAUAUGCACUAAAUCAAUCAAUGUGCAACAUAAACAACAGCAAACGGUGAAAACCGAUUGAUUUUGAGUGAAACAGCAGUGUCAAUUUUCCGACUAGCCACCCCUUUCCGGAUGGGGGUGCGCCCUGGGACGGAAUCAUCCCCUUGUGCUGACUGUCAACAAAGUGCAAGUGCAUCGUUUGAGGGGGACGGGGUGGUGAAAGGCCGAGAGUGAAAGAGAAGGGGAGGGUUCAAUUAUUUUGAAACAGCAGCGGCACGCGGUGUCCCCAUAGGGAAACUUUUUGUGAAGAAAUAUUUCGCUGGUUUAUAAAACGGAAGAAGUGCAGUGAAAGUGCCGUAGCUAGAAGAUAGUACCGGAAGGUUGAUCAAUCGGACAAAUUUCGUACUUGAAAGUGUGAAAAAUUGGAUCGUUUUUUUGUGAGAAGAAGUUGCACCAGCACGAAAGGAAAAGUGAAACUCAGCGCAGUGUCUUCCUGCUGGUAUCGAUUUGUGUUUGUUUUAAUUUUUCCUAAUCCGGGGGUUUGGCUUCCGAAAAUUGGGUUUAUUCGGCUUGAGCUGAAUCAAGAAAGGAAACUGUAUCGCAAGCGGAACAUAGCCGCAACCACCGGAAGAAAUGAGCUGAGCCUGCCCCGUGGUUGUCCACUUCGCCACCCCACAGUGCGACGACAGCGGAGCCACUUGAAGUAGUGCGCACGGGAAAAUGACCAAGUUGGUACAACAACCAUCAUCGAGUGCCACGGAUCAACCCGUUCCGGAAGUGUCUUCACGAUGUGACGAUCAAUGCCAGCAGUCGCCACAGGCUAGCUCUACGCCUGCGAAGGUAGCGUCUGGCACUACCGCCACAUCAACGACGCCAACCGCAAAAAAGCAGCAACAGUCUCAGCUUAGUCGGAGGACUUCAACCCGUUUGACCUCAAUACGAAAUGAUAGCCUAUCGUCGUCCACUUCCUCGUCAUCGCUGUCUUCGGCAGGAGAUCUGGAAACGACGUCCGAAACAAAAGCAACACCAACUGAGGAUGUCUUCAAAGUGCCAUCGAUCACUUCUGGGAGUGCCGGAGCUGUGGAUGAAAGCCAUGAAUCUGGAAUCGUGUGUCGAUUGCCUCUUGAUCGGCUUCAGGCGAUUUUGGGUGCACUGAACAUACUUAAAAAUCCACCGGAUAAUGAACCGUGUAACAGUUCCAGCCCAAGUCCUACCUACAAGUUGCUUUGCCUGUACUGCGAUCGAACAUUCACAAGCCAAACACUCAUGCUGAAACACAUUGAUCGAGUGCACCGAAUAUCCAAGGAUCGACGCAGCAGCAGUAGGGUCUUACCUACCGCAAAUGACGGAGCGUUUCCCAGCUGUGGCUACUGUACCAAGAGCAAAGUAUUGAAUCCGGCUUCGGAGGACUUGUCACAACUCUUCAAACAUCUCGUUCACCAGCAUGCGGAUCGGUACUAUGCUUGUGAACUGUGUGCCGUUCGGUUUCCCAGCGAUGAGUCAAGGGAUGCCCACAUCGAGGCGCUUCAUCAACCCGCAAGCAAUACGGAAACGAGGACUAGGCCCAAAUCAAAGGCAGCACUCAAAAGCUUUAAUGUCAAAGCAAAAAAGUGUGAAAUAGUCACUACACCCCUCACCAUUCAGGUUGAUUUCGACACAGAAGCGAUGAAGAAUCUCACCAUAGAAAAUCUUGAUGCAGUGGAUUCGUUGUCUGCCGCACUCGGAAUGGCUGGAACGUCGACCGGAGCAAGUACUACCCGGUUACGAAGUUCUGGCCGAACAUCUGCACGAUCCUCAACCCUAGCUGGUGCCGGUAAAUCGAAGGUGCUUCGAAAGUCGGACAAAAUGAUGAUGCGAUCCACCGAACCAAUGCUCUCAAGACUCGGAAUUGCUCAGCACCGAACCCCACGACAGUGUCGUAAAGCGUUAAACGCGAAAAAUCGACGGAAAGCUGUCGCUGAAAGUGCUAGCGCGUCGUCAUCUAUAUCGGCGAGUUCUUCUCAACCGGACAAUCACUACAACAAAAUAACAAAACUGAAAACGAUUCGCUCGACACUCAACAACCCCAGCGGCAGCUCAGAAAGUGACUUUGUUGUCACACGUGGAAAAAAUGAUAUCGUGAGCACAUUCGACGAAGAUUUCUACGGCAAUGUGAAUCUUAAUGUUCGUCAAAAUUUGAGCUGUCAUUUGGAUGGUAAAUUAGAAGCUUCAACUCCAAACGCACCAUCACCGAUGAGUCCUGUGACGGCUGUUCCAGCGAUUAGAUCCACAGUUGUUAAAAGUCCUCUUCACUCGGAAAGCAAAAUACACGAAGCCACUAGUCUGCCAGCAAUGACCGUAUUCCCUACAUUGCUCACAGUUGAGCAGUAUGGAACGGACCUCAUAACCAUGACUAAGAUUAAAAAGCCGAUCACAAAGAAUUCUUGGAAGUGGAAGUGGGACUUUGUGAAGAAGUACAAGUACGUAAACGAGAAUGGCAAAAUAGUGAAGAAAAUUAAGCAACCUACGCUCGGUUUACGAGAUCUUUCUAAACUUGACAUGUGGACUCAGUUAACGAUGCGAACCAAGCACGAGUUAAUGCGCAAUAACAAGGAACUGCAUCAGCCUGGGAGCAGCGUUUCGGAAAUCGGAGUGUCACUUCGUAAAGAACAACGCAAACAAGUUGAUGAACUCAACAAAAUCCUCGACACUCGUCUGAUACCGCAGAUCAAUCUGGAACAAAAUGAUCAAAGUAUCAUUAAGUUGGAAAGAGAGCCUGUCGAUGACUGCGAUGUAUUGGAUCAAGAAUCUGAAACCCAGAACGAGUCCCAAGAAUUGGACGAAUCAUUUACGAGGAGCCUUAAUUUGAUAAGAAUCCCGGGCAACAAUCAGCUACAGCGAGUCGUUCUUAGUGGAGAGUGGGCACGACCACGUUGCUACAUCUGUUACUGUUGUGGUGACAGAUUCCAUUCACUCAAGCAAAUGGAAGAGCAUAAAACCUUCCGCCAUCCAUACGUUUACUCAACAUACUACGAGAUCGUUGGUCGUGAACUAAUCGAGAAGCAGUUGUUUAAGCACUUUUUUAUCCCGCUGUCAGCGCUGACCAUGCAUCGCAUUCACUAUGCACGACUUUCAACGUAUCCUAGUUUGGACCGAAGGACGCCUCCAGCCCGGCAACCGUCUCUCGAGACAUCCGCUACCAUCACAGAGAUAAAGAGUGAAGACUCUUCCUCGAACGAAGCUACCUCGUUUUCCACAACAACCUCUUCCUCCUUGCUCUCGAUUUCGGGUAACACUGCCACCAGUAGCGGCUCGUGCUCAUCUUCCCGAUCUGCUCUAGAUAUUUUGCAAUCCGCCGGCAACGACUACACCACCUCAUUCACAAGCUUUCCUUCCGAGCCAGGGCCGGUGCAGUGCUCCAAGUGUCAAAAAGAAUGCGUUAACACGCUUGUCCUAUACGCUCACGUCCUCAAUUGCUCCAACGACUACAUCUGGAUGCAAGCUAAGAAGCGGAUGAAAAACCGCCGAGCAAAUCGAAAACGGAAAAGAACCAACCGAACAAGCCAAGCUGCCCGUAAAGCUCAAGCCAUUGCAGCCCAGAAUGCCGUCGAGAAGUCAGAAACUGCGAGUAAUCAUUCUGGGGCUGAACUUGACGCGGUUAGUACCAGCGGAAGCAGCAGUGUAUCAUCAGAUGCAAAGAAAAAGUCCAGGUCUCCUCCACGACCAAGAGAUAGUGAUAGUGACAUUGUCAAGCGCAUCACGGCAAACUUGCCGCCGAAGCGAGUGUCAAGGCAAAUCAUUCAGACCACAAAGCAAAUUCGGAAACGUCCUCAAAUGAACAUAGUCAAGGGCAAAAAGCAAGUGGUUUCGACGUUGGCGCCAUCUAAAGCAGGUGUAUCACGGGGUGUGACUGCGGUUGGUGUCACGAAGUUACGCAGUGGCAAGGCGGCAUCUAUGUCGGGCUCGAGCAAAAAAUCACUGACUAAAGUUGCAACCAAAAAACCAACUGAAAAGAUGGAACCAAAAGAGGAAGGCGAGAUACCUCCGGAAGCAACGGAAUCGAAUCGAGAGAAGGAAGACGAUACCAAAGAGGGCGAAGAAUCUGUGAAAAUGGAGGAAACUGAAGCAAAAUUAGCACCGCCAGUGAUCAAGAGGAAAGUGUUAUCACGGGAACGAACGAAACUAUCGGUUAGAACGAAAAAUUUCGUAACACGACGUAAUGCUGUUCAUUGGAAGGGUAAAACAAAGGGCUUGCCCUUCCGAAAGGGACUAGUACCGAACAGUCGAACAUUGCGAAGUCGUGCUGAAAAGAUUGUACCUUCCAAAAGACUGUCCAAACAUGUGUCACCAGCAAAAGAAGUAAUACCGGAAGAGGUUAAAAGUGCGAGCCCAACAACGGUGAUUAAAAAGAAUCCAUCCAAAAGAAAAGGUAGUAAAAGUCCUUCGGAGCUGGAAGAUAAUCCCAAUACUACAUCAGAAGACAAACAAACCGAACAAGUGGAGAAAACGGAUUCCAAUGAAACAAUUGGAAACACAACUGCUGAAGUUAGUGAUGUGGCAGUGGAGGACACAAGUACUAAUGAAGAAGCAACUACUGUAACACCAACUGUGGUUGAAGAAGUGCCUAAAGAGAAUGUAAAAAAUCACACAAUCGAGAGUAGCUUAUGCAGUGCUGCUGAAGAAAAUGCACAACCAGAGGUUAGUGCAACGCCUACACAAGACACCGAAGUGGCGAAAAAUGAUCCAGAACCAACUUUAAGAAUGAAGGAAGUUGAUUUGGAAACUCCGAAUCAACCCAUACCGCAAGAUACGAACGACCCCGUUACUCCAGUUAAAUCUCCCAAGCAGGGCUCCCAACCUCCAUCCGAACCGACGACACCUUCAUUUUCUGCCAGCCAGCAAGCGAAUAAGCGAAAGCCUAAAAAGCUAAACGAUUGUAUCGCAAUGCUAACAGGAAAGCUGUCCGAAAGGCUCGGUGUGGAUUUUUUCAAUCAAGUUACAUCUAAAAACUCUGCACCAAAAUCAUCGCCAGUGAAGGCAAUUGAAACUCGAUCAUCCAAACAGGCAAUGCUGCCAGCCCCAAGCUUGAUACCAGUACCACCAUCUGUUGCAGUUCCGUUGCAUGUUACGCCGCCUCAGCUGGCACCGUUGCCGUUGGUCAUGAACACUCGCCAAUCACCUCUACCACCAAAACAGCCACAAAUGCUGUCACCAAUUGCACCAAUAGUAACACCAAUGGAGGAAAUCUCUGACGAACCACUUAAUCUAUCGAAGAACAGCCCAAUUGGUAGAAGUAUUCCAGCUCGCACAAGAGACUUCUACAGUCAACAAAAACCAGCAAAUUUGAUGUCACCACCACCACCUCAAUCGCCAACAGCGUUGCAUUCUCCGCAGCAAAUGCCAACUUCACACUAUCAUCAGCAAUCCCAACAUGUUCAACAGCAGCACCCCGGUCCAUCGACACAAACACGGAACCUUCCUUCGAUAAAGUUGCCCCCCGGUUUGAUAAUCGAAAGAGUCGAGUACAAAUCCCGUCCCACAAUUUCCAAGGAGGCACCAUCGGUUACCAUUGUUGCUCGAAGGCAGCCAGGACCUCCACCAUCGAUGGAAGGUCGAUCAACAGUGCUGAUGCAGCACGGAGGCAACGAGCCGUUACCAUCACCACCACAUUCUAACAGGAAACACUCAAAUCCACAACAAUUGAUACAGCACCAGCAACAUCACAACCAACACAACCAGCAGCAGCAGCAGCAACAACAGUAUGGUGAUCCAAGAAAAAGUUCAACGCAAAUCAAGUCACCACAGUUGCCGUCUCCAAAAUCUGCGCCACAACCAAAUUACCCAACACCGUCGAUCGCUUCGACACUUCGACAAGAGCGUCCUUUGGAAAAUCGUAUUUCAGUUACGAUCACAGAGGCAAAGGGAGAUCGACAAAGUUCGAGCACUAAACAGCCUCCAGUUACACUCAACAUUCCCGAACGACCGCUAGUGCUGGAUCGGACGGCAUCGAACAUCAAUCCAUCGCCACUCAUAAUUCCUUCGGUUCCGAUUCCGACAAACGUUCCUUCUCAAACAACAUCACCAACCAAGAAAAAUCGUCGCAAGAGCAUGUACGUUGCGCCUGUUUCGGUUCCAGAACCACCAUCGCCUGCACCUGCUCCGCCAGUACCACCGGUUCUAUCGCAAGCAUUUCUGUCGGGAUUACCACCACUGCCGUUCCUUUCACACAGUUUGCUUGCAGCACCUCCGCUGGGACUAGACUUGCAGCGGUUGGCCGCAGUUGGGUUACCUCCACACUUGAAGCCUCCUGUCAUUCCUCCAUUAACAAUUCCUACACCACCGACAUCGUCGGCAGCAGCAGCCGCUUUUCUGGAAAAGAUUCUGCUGCCAAACAGAGACGUCAUCGUGAAGCACGUAGAAACUUCCACAGCUUCGAAAAUGCCUACAUCACCAACAUCACUUACGAUACCAAAACCUGUGAGUGAAAACGUAGUUCUGCAAGAUCAAGUUCAAACCGUUCCAUCUGCACCGGCUCCAACUGAUUUGAAAACUUCCAUGCCGAGCCAAUUGCCGCAACAGCCAGAGAAAAAGGGCCGAUCUCGGGCUAAAAGUAGUAAGGCAAAAACACAAACUACAGAAAUUCGCUCUAAAACACCGCCAAAGUCACAAGAAGAGGUUCCAGUUGAAAAAAUCCAGGACAGUGUACAAAAACCGACAACUCCCGUUGUGGAGGAACAAGCCGUACCAAUUGUAACAUCUGUUCCAGAAAAACCUAAGGAAGUUGAAGAACCUGUCAGUAGAGACAGUUUGUUACCAACAGAAGCGCCAGUUUCAUGUAUUGUGGAAAACCCAAACGCUGUGCGACCAGAAGAUCCUCCAAUUGUAGAAAACUUGGAGGAGGAAAAAACUAAAACGGACGAAAGUUCAAAAGGAUCGGAACAACCAGCCACUGGCAACAGUGGCAAGACGGUGCGUAAACGCAGGAAAAAUGAGCUUGCGUCAAUUUUAUCGGAUCAGUUGUUGGAAAGUUUCAAAGAAGUUGAUAAAUCAGCUCUGCAGGACCUCAAAAUGAUGCACGACAUGUCCUGUGAGAAACCAGAUAUUAAGUUUUCUUUGGAACAAAUACCCCAGCUAGCGAAGCGCAAAGUUAAUCCACGUAAUCCGGAUUUGUUGAUGCCCGUAUCACGCCAUUCGCCAGUUGGUGGCUUGGCAGCUAAAAAGACUUCAGCCAAGAAGGCAGCAAAAGAAACUUUAGCUACUGAUCAAGGGGAAGACAAAGACAAAACUGAAGAGUCAUCUCAAGCUUCAAGUUUAAAGUCUACAGAAAAUCUUAAAAUCAACGAGUCGAGUGACAACUUACAAGUCACAGAAAACGUUGAUAAUAUGGCAGAAUCUCGUGCAAACAAGGAAAAAGACCAGCAGGAACCAACACCAGACACUGCAUCACAAAGUGUCACAGAAGCUGAAGUUAUGAAGCAAAAUGCAACGAAAAAGAGUGUAAAGAAGCCCACUCAUGACGAAGAGGACGUUGCAUCAAAAACAUCUGAAAACUCAGUUACCACAACACCGUUUAAGCCAAAUCGACGAACUCGUAAGUUAUCUAUUGAUAUCGAACGAGUAGCAAGCCUUGAAAGGAAGAAUCGUCAAAAAGCACAAUAUUCGAAGGAACUUGAAAGUUUGGAUAUAGCUCAGAAAUCUGAACCAUUGUUGGACAAGAAAAGUAAAGGUAAAGCAAACAAAAAAAGUGAACCAACGACAGAGGAAAAAUCGGAUCACACAGACAAAGCGCAAGAGGUUGCCUCAGAAUCUAAUAUUGCACAAGCGUCUACAGUUGAACUUAUCCCAGAAGCACAAGCUAUAAAGCGUUCUAACAACAAAUCAAGAUCAAAAACUCCAUUCCCAUUCCCUAAGGAAAAGAAUGCCAAGAAAAGUGACCUAGAUCGACUCAAAGACGAGUUAAAUAUUGAAACACCAUCGAAGAAGCCAAUUCCUAGCAAGUCUUUAACGACUCCCACAAGAGAAGAAUCGAGCCGGACGCCUUCGCCUGAAAAGAAACCAUCUAAACGAAAAGUUGUUAGUGUGGAAAAGGAUGACUCGUCCAAAGAUGACGAUCGAUUGACUCCUGUGAAGAAAUCAAAAGAAGCAAAUGCUUUGAAGAGGGAAACUUCAGUUUCGCCAGCUAAAAGGUCCAAAACACCUGUUUCCUUCAAACAACGAACACCUUCGCCGGCAACAACUCCGAGAAAAUCAAAAACACCAACACCGCCAAAGCGUAUCAUGGCCCGAAGGUCAUCCGUGUUUGUGGACAAAAAUUUGUCGCAAUAUUUGGAGCAAAAAGAUGACGAACAAGAACUAGCUUCACAUCGGACCUUCAAAGACGACUUGAUUCUGACAUCACGACGAGGAACUCGAAGCCAAGGUAGUGCGGAUAUGAGUUUGAUUAAUUUCUUCGCUGAAGCUGCGAUGAAACCAAGGGAUCCAAGGAGGAAAUCUGCGGCAGCAGUCGCAGCAGCAGCAGCGGCAGCUAAACGAGCCGAAGAGGACAGGAAAGCAGCUGAGGAGGAAAGAAAGCGAAGAGAAGAAGAGAAAGUUAAGGAGCAAGAGUUUGUGUCCAAACAAGUGGUCGAUUCUACCAAGUCAGCGUCCGUUCCUCGUCGCAUCAGUACUCGACGGAACUCAGUGUACAUUACUCCAUCAACCGAAAAGGAAGAGGUGAAAGCUCCAGAAGAGAAUCUUGUGGAAAUAGUGAAAGCAACUAAACGACAGUAUCGACGUAGAGCAUCUGUGUAUCAGCCAACAUCCUUUUUGGACGAAGAAGAAAAGCAGCAGGAUAUAGAGAUGACCUCAAAAGCAACGCGUUCGAAAACUCCUGGUCCUGGUGGUGUAUGGGACAACGAUAUACGAUCAGUAGGACGAAGGCGUAAUCAAAGUUCCGUAUUCAAUGGUACUCCAGAACCAACUAUUGAAUCGCUGUUGGAGCCGCUUUCAUCGCCAUCUUCGGGAACCAAGAGGAGAACUAAAAACAGCCAGUUAGCAGAAAACUUAUCUAAACUGUUCAACAUCGAAGAGGAGAUUCAGCUGAUUGACAGAAGCAAACGUAAGCCACGCAAGACAAAUACACCGAUUGUGUUUGAUGCAGCUAUAAGCAGUUCGACUCCAAUAAAAGACGCUAAAGAGGUUACGGAGUUGUCGAUUAAAGAAACGAAUAAAAUUGACGUACUAGUAAAGGUUGUUGAAACCGAGGUAGCUAAGGUAGCCAGCGCUGCACCAAAACCGAGAGAAUCCCUGUCAUUCUCGAACGACGAUGAAGAUGAAACACCAAAACUAAACAAGUUGGUCGAAGAUAUUAUCAACAAGUCAGAAUCUGAGUCAGACUCUGAUGAUGAUAACAUGUCUUUGGCUUAUUUUGUGCGUCGCGAAGAAAGCUUUCUCAAACCAAACAGACAGCAAUCUCAAGAUUCAUUGGAAGGAAUUGGAGAAGAUGAAAGCAACAGUGCGAUGGACGACGAUGUUAGUGUAACAACGGAACUAACUUCAUUCGGUGGAAGUAUUAAGAAGCGGAAACGACGGAAGUCAAUAUGUGUGAUAAAAUCCCGUCGACCUAAACCGCCCGUAGAUGAAAAUAAGCCAAUAGUGACAUACAACUGUGAUUUGUGUAAGAAAGUUUUCAAGAAACAGGAUGCAUUUAAUAAGCAUCGGAUGACUCUUUCUCACAUUGCCAAGCUCUCGGAGCAGGAAUAUCUGGAAGCACAAAGAAAGGAGCAGCAAGCGACGGAAGCUGCUUCGUUGUCAUCUAAGCCAGACUCCACUACGUUUCAAUCGACAUCUACGGCACAUCCUUCAGCAUCAUCUCCGCCGAAAGAUUUGGAAAAGGAUAGCGCAAUGAAGGCUCUCAGCCAGGAAGAAAAACUGUUCUACGAGUGCUGUUCAAUGCUGAAAGAGUCCAACGCGGACAAUGAAAAUUUAAACCUGACGGUGUCACUAAAAUCGGACGAAAUGACACCCGGUUUAGUGAGUGACGAAAUCCCACCACCGAAAGUGAGCGUAACAUACCCGAAUCCAUUCGCCUCGCUGCCACAAGAUAAGGCCAACGACAACUGCUUCAACAUGGGCGAUAGUUUCCCGUCAUUCCAAGACGUAAGUGAGAGUGAAAACUACAUUCAAACUAUAAACCAACGAUACGCCGACAAACACCUAUCGGAUCCGUUUGCAAAGCUCACGGCAGCGGAGAUCGCUCAGCGGACGGAGAACGACGGAAAUCUGUCACCGCAAAAUUCAACCAAAUCUACCAGCUCACAGGCGUCCGUUUUUUCGCAAAAGACAAUCAAAACUAAAGGUGCACUGAAAGGUUACGACAAUUUCAAAGUGUCGAUACCAAUGACUGGAUUACACUUGGCGAAGGAAUCGAAGCUAGAUACUCUUGCAGAUGUUGCCCUUUGUGGCGAUAUUCCGAAGGAGUUUGAAUUGAAGGAUAGUGGCGAGGAGAACGAGGGUACCCUACCUGACAAUGCAUCACAAGCGACACAACCUGAGCAACCAACAUCUAAGGAAGACAGCUCAAGAAAUGGACUUCAAAGUACAAGGCAGAGUACCUCCAAAAAAGACACUCAAGGUAAUAAGCUUGGGUUCCGUGCCAAGAAAAAGGGCAGUGUUACGCCAACUAAAGCAGUCAGUACAGCUACAGCAAAGCGAAAAAGUCAGCGCAAAGCAUUGGCGAGUGUUGUUCGUUCCACUGCUAAAAAUAAGCAAGACCCGGACGAUGUGUAUGCCUUCCAAGACUCACCACCGGCUGAUAAUACUACGCUAACAUCGUAUACAUCGAACAAGAAAUCAACUACCAACUCGACGCCAGCGACAACCAAAGGCAGCGCAGAACAAACGGCGGAUCAAGGUGAAGAGAGCCAAGUAUCGAGUUUGAGUUUCUCUGAUCGUGAUGACUUUGUGUAUGGCACCAACACUCUGAGCGAGGAGGAUGAGGACGAUAAAAGUAGCAGCUACAGCAGUACUCAGACAACUCCGAAGAAGCCCAUCAAAGCAGACGUCCAGAAGAAAAGCCUAAUUAUGGGUCGAAUUUUCAAGAAAAGCAAGGAAAAGCCGAAGGAAGAAAUAAACACGAAAAAUGUCACAGCCGACGUUAAGGAAAAACCUAAAACUUCUGCAAAAGAUUUCAACAAAUUGUUCGAUACAUUGAAAAAAUCAGAGUCAGAUGAAACCACCGAUAAAGACAACACUGAACAGGACACUAGCACCGAAAACGUCGAUCAAAAACAUCUCGAAGAAGACGAAAAAGGUGACCGGAAUCUUCGAAGGAGAAGUACUCAGAAGAAAUUGACUGAAACGUGGGACUCGGAUGAGUUCGAGGAUUUCAACUUGAAAGAUGUUGUCAAUUUGAUAGAUAAGAAAGAUGGGAAAACACCUGGCAAAAAGCUAUCAAAGGAUAAAAAUACGGAGGAGAAAGAAGUUGGUAAACCGGAACAAAAAGCGGGUGAUGAUCCUUCGAGCAACAGCAGCGAAACGUCUCAGUCGUCCGCAAAAUCCAAGUUGGCAGCUGAGAAGAAAGCUGCUGUCACCGACGAAACGAUUCGUCAAGUAAUGGAAAGUGUGAUCAUGGAAGUCUCGAUGAACAAAAACAAUCGUGUACGAGAGGUCAAGAAGCGUGGUAAGGGACGCCCGUCUAAAGCCUCCAAAGAAGCUUCAAAGGAAGAAGAAAACACUCCGGAAAUCAUUGAUGGUAGCAGCAAACCUGACAGUGCUGAGGAAAUAACUCCCGAGGAACACGUGCUGGAGUCCAGCGUAGAGAUUUCGUCGAAGACUAUUACGACAAAGUUCAAGCAAAAGCUUAACUCAGCUCAAGCAAACAAACAAAAGCAACCAGCACAAAAGCUUGAAAAGCAGGAAGAAGAUACCAAGAAAACGGUCAACAAUAACAACCAGAAAGCAAAAGACACACCGAAAGCAAAAGAACAGCGAAAAGAUACACCGGAAGUAAACAAGAGCACUACCAACAGUGCUAAGCUGAAACAACGAAAAGGUCCACCGAAGAAGAUGAAAAACGUAGCGUACGAUCCGGACAGUGACUUUGAGGAUAACAUCAAGUGUAAGAAGGUGAAGAAGAAGCUGCUGGAAAGUGACAUUGAGGCCAAUCUUAAGAUUGAGCAACUGAAUGCCGCGCUCAGUGAUAGCAUCUUGAUGCCAGCUCCACGGCGCAAGCGGAACGCAGCGGAAACGCUAUACUUUUGGUCUUCAUCCAGCGAAGAAGAUGACAUGGAGGAGGACUUUGUGGAAGUGACCAACAAAAAGGGAAAGAAGAAAAAGGGAGCCGCGAAGCAGAAACCAGCCGUCGGCCAGAGUAAAGCUCAGCAGAAACAACAGCAGCAGCAGCAGAAUCAACAACAGCAGCAGCAACAACAACAAGAGCAACCACAGAAGCAAGCGGCAGCGGGCGCGACGGCGACGACGACGACGACGGAAGCUGGCGAUGACACCAGCAGUAGCAGCGAGCACAUGCAGCAACACGGCUGGAUCGUUGGGGAUUCCCACAAAAAGCUGGUAACGUUGCUGGCUCAUGCAAAGGGUAAGCAGGAAAACCGAACGGUCAAAGCCACUGGCAACCGAAGGAAGACGUAAGUAGACGAAGGAGGAAGCGACAUGAAGUGAUGGUGGUUGCAAUGAAGAGGUUUUAAACGAAUUAGUGGCAAGAAGAAACAAACAAAUAACAUUAAAACUAACGGUUUGACCAAAAGUUUGAAAAUCCCCCAAGACUGUGCACGGACAAACGGUCUAUAGAGAAAUUUCGUUCAAAUCGAGCAUGUAUAUGAUUUUGUGAUAAAUGGAUAUAUGAUAAAAAGUGGUAAAUAAAUAAAUAACAGUAGAAAUCAUCAAACUAUCAAUGAGAAUCCCUUAUCUGUUGUAAAGCUUUCCAAAUGUGAAAUCGAACGAUUAAAAGUGCUCGUAAGUGUAACGCAUGCAUGAAAAGGAUCGUAAGCACACUUUUUGUUUAGUUGAUGAUGAAUGGAGUGGAGUAAUUGUAAAAAUGAACAGUUACAAAAAACAUCCUAACUUGAUUAAUUUCGGCGUGUUUCGCCGAUAAUCUCUGGAUGUGUGUGGUGAAAACAGAAAUUUGUGUAUGUAAGCUGUAAGAUUCAGAGACGUCGACACCUUGUAUGGAGAAUACUAAAUCGUACUGAUAGUGAACAAUAGAUUAUCUAGAAAAAAUGUGGUGUACGGAGGACGCAAUUUGAAUUGUUUAAAGUUUUAUCAAUCCUUAUCUGACGAUAAACGAACAAGGAAGGAAACAGCUGAUUUCUAACGGAACAUCAAGUAAAACUAAAUAAUCUAGUUCAUGUAUAGAUCCAUAAGAAAUAGCUAAAACUAUGAACAUAGCCUCUGAAUAUACGCGUAAAGGCAAUUUUAUUAUGUUUUUUCUGAACUACGUUCAAACUACGUUUACAAUCGAACGACUGUGCAAAAUUAGUUUAAUUAGAUAAGGCAAAGAGAGAGAGCUUUUUAUUUUUCCAAUAUUUUUUUUUCGAAUUGAAGAAACAGUCAUCUUAGCGUUUAGUUUUUUUUUCUUGCUUUAUGGUUGCCGGGAACUGACUAUUUAGAUUGUAGAAGAGCGAAUCCCGUCCCGAAAUAUUUCACGUUUCUUGCGUUUAUUUAAGUUACCCGAACUAAAAAUACCAAUUUAAACCAGACAACAUCCGUCACCAUUCAAUUCAUAGUGAAACGUACGAAUAAAUCUCAUCACAACCUCAAUCGACACUAAAGGAACGUUAAUUUCACUACUUAAUGUAUAAUCGAAAAAAAGAAAGAAAAAUCACGUUUUACUGUAGAAUAAUAUUCGUACAAUAACGUAUUCGCCGUAUUAAUUUCUAUUAACCGCCGUUAAGUUCGUAUCGUGGUGCUUUUGUUCCUUUUUGUAUGUGAGAGAAGAAAGACACAAAUACACCUGCAUUUAGUAUUGCGUUCAAAUGAUUCAAAUUGAUUCUCUUCUUUCGACAAACUGAAACUUUCUUGUGAAAAUAGCUUCCAACGAUAACAACAAAAGAAAAACAAAAUACAAUACAACCCAGUCACUGUAUAAUCUAGUAAUAAACAUCGUGGUAAAUAUCAGUAAUUUUCCAAUAGAAGCGCACGUGUUCGUAGAGAACACAACCCCAGACUAUUGUAAAUAAACUAAUUUGGCAAACUGAAUAAUAACGGAAAACAGAGGAAGGAUCAGCCGCGACAAAAGUAUCGAAAUUUUAAGAUCUCAUUUUAGAAUGCAACAUAACGACAACAACAAACAAACAAAACAAAAAAUCAAGAACAAAAUUUAUUUUUAAACAAACAAAUCAAACUCUGAAGAAACGCAGAAACAAGAAUCAUUUAUUUUUCAUAUUGAGAAUUUGAACGAUGCCCGGAAGGAAAAUCCAAUCACGAAACUGUGGAACUUUCGGCAAAGAGCAGAAGAGUGGUGCAACAAGGCUAAACCGGGAACCGCGGGAGAGCAACAAAAUUGCCAUGAAUUGUUUAGAAACAAAGCAAAAUUAGCACCCUCCCCUGCUCCUACCCUGUUUUUGGCCUGCCGGAAGUAGGAGGGGGGUUGUGUGCGAUCGCGUGUACAGCUCUGGUUACGAGUUAUCGUGUAGCGAAAUUAAGUCACAUUGUAUGUAAAAAUACAAAUAAAAAACGGUAAAAGUGGGAAUGGAUUGUUGAAUAUUGCAUACAUUUAGCAACUAUUGGGAUAGAACACGGUAAAGCAGCAACAACAAAAUACUGAUAAUUAUUAUAAAUUUUACUGCCAUAUUUGAAGUAAUGAAUUAUUUGUGCGAGUGAAUGCCGUUGUACGAAAAGGAAAAGAGAAAAAGUAAAAAAAGAACAAAAAAUGUGUCAUAUUUUGGAGAAGGUAAACAGUAAAAACAAACACAAAAACACACACACAAACGGAUCCAAAUAUGGUACACAAACACACACUCGAGCAAGAGCAAACAAUAGCGCGCGGAAUGCCCGAGGAAUAAACACAACACAAUCUUAAAUGUAGUUUUAAUUGGUUUUAUAAUUUUUACUCUUUUUGUUUUCUAGCACUAAACGGUAUCGUUGUAUCACAGAAAGCAAGUAAAAAAACACAAAAUAACAAAAAAAAACCAGCAGCAAAUACACUCACACUCACGUAAAACACUAAUCACUCGUGCAAAGGCGUAUCUAUGUUAGUAAGGCUAAUUACGCGGAAUGGGGCGACUCAAGCUGUGUAUUUGUAACAUAAAAAAAGAGAAACAAUGCAACGUGGAAUACAAGCGCGAACGGAAGCAGCAUAAUACUUGAUAAAAAAAAGAA